AUGGCACUGGGGGCAAAGGCACGACGGUGGCUGGCAGGGCGCCGGCUGUCCCUGAGCUGUGCGCGCACACUGGGCACCAGAGCCGCUGAGGCCCCCAAGGCGGUGCAGCCCUUCGAAGCCAUACCCCGGUGCCCCGGCAACAAGUGGCUGCGGCUGCUGCAGAUCUGGAAGGAGCAGGGCUCCGAGAACUUCCACCUGGAGAUGCACCGGACCUUCCAGGAGCUGGGGCCCAUCUUCAGGUAUGACGUGGGAGGGACACACAUGGUGCACGUGAUGCUGCCCGAGGAUGUGGAGAGCCUGCAGCGGGCCGAGAGCCCUCAGCCCCGGCGGCCGCUCCUGGAUCCCUGGCUGGUCUACCGACGGCAUCGUGGGCACAAAUGCGGCGUGUUCUUGCUAAAUGGGCCCGAAUGGCGCGCGAACCGGCUAAAGCUCAACCCACACGUGCUGUCGCCACAGGCGGCGCAGAAGUACGUCCCCAUGGUGGACGGGGUGGCGAGGGAUUUCUCAAAGGCCCUGAAGUCGAGAGUGCUGCAGAAUGCCCGGGGCAGCCUGACGCUGGACAUCCAGCCGAGCAUCCUCAACUACACCGUAGAAGCCAGCAAUUUAGCCCUUUUUGGAGAGCGGCUGGGCCUCCUUGGCCACAGCCCGAGUCCUGCCAGCCUGCACUUUAUCCGCGCCCUGGAGGCCAUGCUGAAGUCCACCGCGCAGCUCAUGUUCAUGCCCAGGGACCUGUCACGCUGGACGAGCGCCAAGGUGUGGAAGGAGCACUUCGAGUCCUGGGACUACAUCUUCCAGUAUGCCAACAAUGCCAUCCAGAAAAUCUACCAGGAGUUGGCCCUCGGCCGCCCACAGCACUAUAGCGGCAUCGUGGGGGAGCUGCUGAUGCACGCGGACAUGACCCUGGAGGCAGUCAGGGCCAACUCCAUCGAACUCACCGCCGGGAGCGUGGACACGACGGCCUACCCCUUGCUGAUGACUCUCUUCGAGCUGGCGCGGAACCCUGACGUGCAGCAGGCCCUACGCCAGGAGAGCCUGGUGGCCGAGGCCACGAUCACUGAGAAUCCCCAGAGGGCAACCACGGAGCUGCCCCUGCUGCGGGCGGCCCUCAAGGAGACCUUGAGGCUGUACCCCGUGGGCAUCUCACUGGACCGGCAGGUGGGCUCGGACGUGGUGCUGCAGAACUACCACAUCCCGGCAGGGACCGUGGUCAAGGUGCUGCUCUACUCCCUGGGUCGAAACCCCUCUGUGUUCCCGAGGCCGGAGCGCUAUCAUCCCCGGCGCUGGCUGGACAGCAGGAGCUCUGGCACCAGGUCCCCCAGCCUGGCCUUCGGCUUCGGCCUGCGCCAGUGCCUGGGGCGGCGCCUGGCAGAGACAGAGAUGCUGCUGCUGCUGCACCACGUGCUGAACCACUUCCUGGUGGAGACCCUCACGCAGGAGGAUAUAAAGAUGACGUACCAGUUCAUCCUGAUACCCUCCACCCUCCCGCUCCUCACCUUCCGGGCCAUCAACUAG